CAUCGAUCCGAUCGCAGUGAGGCGCCUAAAAAAGAGGAGUUUUCCUGGCUUCAGUUGGGCCUUCAAGCUGCAGCAAAGCUAUCUGUGACACGACAGUACUAGGAUGAACGCAUUGGAUCGCAAUUGCUUAUUCAAGAGCUUCCGUUCCAUGUCAAUCGGCUGCUGACGACGCUUGGCUGGUCAUCGAACAUAUAAAUGCCGAAGGACAUCAAUCCAUUUCGCGGGAAAAAGACACUUGGCAAUACUACUAAAGCUCCAAGGCGCAGCAGAAAGGAUAAAAGCAAAGGGCCCAGAAAGUCUGGAAGCAGUCCAUGGGGACUCUUUGGCCUUGCGGCAAGCAUCGCGGCAGCUUGGCUUGUCGGCGCGUGGCACAUUAGGGACCAGCGCACAAGAAAAUACCAAGUUGACAAAAACACACUGGCCCGGAUUAUGUCAAAGCCCAUGAAGUAUACAGAGCAUGCGCAGUGCAGAAUGGACUGCAGGCACAUCAGUCAAGAGGAGGUUGCAGCAACGUUGAGACAAGGCACUGUGAACCAGCGGAAGAGUAAUCUACGGCAGUUUCCAUGUCCCAAAUAUGUGGUGGAUGCUACGCUGGGCCUGCAAGCAAAGAAAAAUGUGCAGGCGGUCUUUUUGGCUUGCCCCACCCACACGGACGUGGUAACAGUCAUAGACAAGGACACUGACUGGGAAUGCUACUGCCCUUAGUUUAUGCACAGUCAAAUGCAUCACCCUGAGUCAAGAAGACUGAAAAGUACAGAAUGCUACAUUGGUGCUCUGUGUCUGAAUAGUGGGAAUGGUGUGCCAUGUCACCAACGGUUACAUGUAACGGUUCGUUGUCAUC